ACCUUCCGCGUCGGUGUCUCCGAGGACAAGGGCACAAGAAGGACUAUGGAAGAUGCCCACUCCUUUGUCGUAGACUUUGACUCCAUUCGCGGUCAGGGAUUCUUUGCCGUCUUCGAUGGCCACGCUGGAAAGCAUGCUGCAGAGUGGUGUGGCUCGCAUUUCCAUGAGUAUCUUCUGAAAGCUAUCCACGCAUCACCCACUACACCUAUCCCCGAUAUCCUCAACCAAACUUUCCACGAUGUCGAUGAAAGCUUAUCUAAACUAUGCGAAGAAUCAGAUGGGAAAAUUCAUUCGGGAUGCACAGCCGUCACCGCCUUUCUUCGUGUGGAAGAUCCAGAGGGUCAGCAACCUUUUGUUCCGGCUUCCUCAUCACCCCCUUCAGGUCACAGCAUCGAGACCGAAGAACCUGUGGCCGACAGUUCAAACGAAAGCACUCUUCGUAGUCUGGCUGGCGGUGGCUCGAAAGCGUUUGGAUCAAUAACUCCUCGUUCAGCAUCUCCUGCGUCCCCCAAUACGGCCGCAGAGGGCAUUACGGUGAUCGUACCCCCUUCCGAUGCGAGACGCGUCUUGUACAGCGCCAAUGCUGGUGAUGCUCGUGGCGUUCUCUGUCGUGCGGGGAAAGCGGUUCGUCUCACCUAUGACCACAAGGGAUCCGAUAAGCAAGAAGCAAAGCGGAUCACAGACGCUGGUGGAUUUGUUAUGAGUGGAAGGGUGAAUGGCGUUCUGGCCGUGACUAGGAGCUUAGGUGAUUCGGCUAUGAAGGAGUUCGUCGUGGGCGCUCCAUACACCACCGAGACCGAGUUAUGCGAGGAAGAUGAGUUUUUGGUAUUGGCUUGUGACGGACUCUGGGACAUCGUUGGCGAUCAGAGCGCCAUAGACCUGGUCCGUGAUAUUGAGGACGCUCAGCUUGCAAGCCUAAAGUUGCUCAAGCACGCUUUGUCACAUCAUACCACAGACAAUGUCACCGUUCUGGUGAUCCGAUUC